CGUCUGAAAAUUUCCGUUUCUAAUAUACUUGAUUCGCUGACUUAACACGUUGCUCAGGAAACCACUUGUGCAUGUUAUGCUAUUUUAAUGAGGUAACUUAAAGAAAUAAAAACGUUCAUUAAAUGGAUUACGAAACCAACCUAGUUCCCAGGACAAUUUUUUUUUGUUUUUUUUGACAUUCGAGACGUGUUAUGUAGUAAAAAGUACAACGUCGGUUAUUUUACUUUUUACAUUAACUAGUAUAUACAAUAUACAAGUAAGAUAUGCCUAAUAGCUUUAGCUAGCUCUCUUAAAGACAACACAAAGUAAAUUAUAUAGCUAGCUAUGGAAAAACCACUUUUCAUAAGUUUUAUUUAUAUUAACAAAAUCUAAACAGGAAAAGAUCAAUUUAUUUGAUUUAUUGAUUCAAACUUUUUUCUUUUAAGUUAAACGAUACUGGCCAAAUUUAAUUACUUUGGUUCUAGAGCAAAAUUUUCACAUUCUGUUUAAAGAUUCUAACAGAUAAAAGUUUUUUACCCACUUUUUAGGUUUUUGCACACUUCGGAUGGAAAAAAAUGUAAGAAAUUGCCCGAAAACUUGAUUUUUGGGCAAACACGAAAAAUCGAGAAAUCAAAUUAACCACGUGUUCAAAAUAUACAGAAAUAUUUUGAUAAAUAAAGUUAUAUUGUAAGUUUCAUGUUCCAAGAACAAUGCGAAACUCCUUCAGUAAAAGCCGUAUUCCGUCUGUCUGUUUCUGUGUUUGUUUGUCUGUCUGUUACGGAAACACGAAAUUUGAUAUCUAAAAGACGAGCGACCCCGUGUAUUUUUUCACGGGUUAACGGCUAGUGUCUUUAAUAAUACCAGUAUUCCGUCUGUUUGUUUGUGCGUCUGUUUCUCUUUUUGUUACGGAACACGAAAUGCAAUAUAUAAAGGACGGCGAUCCCGUGGAUUUUUCCACGGGUUAACGAAUAGUUUUUAUACUUUCCCAACUUUAGGGAUUUCAUAGAGACUUUAAGGAGUAGUUUCGCGCAAUAGGCAAGAAUUGGUGCAAAUGAUCAGUAAGGUUUUCCCACCCUUGUCCCAAGGAAUUUGUUGCCUUUUUGAUAUUAGAGAAGAUGAUGAAAUAUUACGUACCAAGCACAUUAAAAACUUGUUAGCUAGCUUCAUGCACUUUUUUAAAAGAUAGGAUUGUUGUUGUUUUUGUUUCAACAAUAUAACUUUUUCUAUAUUUUUUUUGUGGAAAAGCAUGACGUUACGCUAAAAUUUACUAAACUUAAAAAAGUUGCCAAAUGGGGGUUUAUUUCUUUCCGGGGUGAGGGGAGUUCUAUCAGCCGUACGGGGUUGUCAUGGGUAAAAUAAUGUAAUUUUACCCCCGGUUUACCAUGUGUGCGCCGUAUCUCACAGAAACAAGAUCUUAAACAACUUAAAAAGGAAAACCAUAGUGAAGAUGGUUCUCUCUUUUUCAAAUUAAUCCUGCAAGAAGUUAUUUUAAACAAAGCAUGCCAAUGUUUACUCAUCAUGAGGUUGGCAAAGGUCGUAUUCAAAUAUGAAUGUUAAGCCCGGGGCAAAUCGAUCAACAUUCUCGGUCAACAUUUUGAGCAACUACAUUCUUCUGAAACAUGGCUAUUCAUUCUCUUUUUUCAAAAUAGCGGAAAAGAAAGCUGCAACAUGUUUAAUGCUGUCAUUGGUAACAGAUGACGAUGAAAAAAGAAAGCAAGGCCCUAACAGAAAAUGGAUUCAAAGAAGGGAAGAGGAAGAAGGUCAAUGAGUUCCUCCACUAAUUCAUUGUUCCAUUUAAAUUUUUGUUUACCAGCAGUGGUAGUUGCAGGAUCAGCUGAAGCAGUGACUUCCGCCAUUUUCAAAUUGAAUAUACAGUAGAGUCUCCAUAACUCGAACCUCUAUAACUCGAACCUCUCCUUAACUCGAACAAAUUCGUUGGCACCGUGAAAAUUUCCUAAUAAACUCUUAUAAAAAAACCUCUACAACUCGAACCUCCAUAACUCGAAUCUUCCCCUAACUCGAACAAAUUUUUUUGUCCCUUGGAGACUUUUCUCUCCAUAACUCGAAUUUUCUGACAUCAUAAUCAAAAUUCGAACAGUUUUCCUGAUAAAUUGGGUCUAAAAAUCUUGUUAAUACGUGUUUUGCAGGCCUUAUUAUUAAUUCGAAUGAUUAAUGAUGCGUCAUCCAAACCUUUCGAACGUCUUUUUCGAACGUUUUCGAGAAAAUCUAAAGAAUUUCAAAAGAAAGACACUCUCAUAACAAUGUCGUCUGUGGCAGGAUCAAAGCGUCGAAUUGACAAUAAGUCGUGCAAAAUCAAGUACAAAGCUCUUAAAGCGUUGGAAAAGGGUACUGCGCCAAAGGAUGUGGCAAAAGAGUUCAAAAUUCCUCCAAGCACCCUGUCAACUUGGAAAAAAAAUAAAGAAAAGAUUUACAAGCAGUUUAACAACGGGCAAACAUCGAAGAGAUCAAAGCCAGAAAAAUUUGAAGAUGUGAACAAAGCUGUUCAUAAAUGGUUACUUAUGAUGAGGAGUGAGAAUAUCCCAAUCAGUGGCUCGAUGCUGAAAGAGAAAGCUCUUGAGUUUGCCGAAGCGUUGGGUGUCGAGUCAUUUCAAGCUUCUCAGGGGUGGAUGGCUAAAUGGAAAACCAGGUAUGGAGUAUCCUUCAAAACCAUCGCUGGAGAAUCACGGUCCGUCACUGAGGAAAUGACAGCGCCAUGGUCGGAGACAACAUUACCAACCAUUCUCUCCCGCUAUCCUCUGGAAGACAUUUUUAACGCCGACGAAUUUGGGCUUUUCUUUCAAUGCCUUCCCAAUAAAACUUUGCAUAUGAAAGGUGAUAAGUGUUCUGAAGGAAAACACAGCAAAGUUAGACUUACUGGUUUAGCUGCUGGUAAUGCCUUGGGGGAACGAUUGCCAAUGUUUGUAAUCGGCAAGUCCGCCAACCCUCGUUGCUUUAAAGGUGUCAAAACACUACCCUGUCGAUACCGUUCGCAAAAGAAGAGUUGGAUGUCUGGAGAGCUGUUCGAAGAGUGGGUACGCGAGCUUGAUCGAAAAUUCUCUGUCUCUAAGCGAAAAAUUGCUUUGAUUAUUGACAAUUGUACCGCACAUCCUCAUGUUGAAAACCUGGAAUGGGUAGAAUUGAUCUUUCUUCCUCCAAAUACCACGUCCCGAACCCAACCUAUGGACCAAGGAAUUAUCCGCGCCCUGAAAGCAAAAUAUCGAUCGCUAGCAGUGCGGAAAUUGAUAAAAGCCUUGGACGAGGAAAAAUCGACUCCGAAGUUCUCGAUGACAUCAUAGCUGAGAUCACUGGGACUCAAGACGAAGAAUUAGAAGAGGUCGACGAAGAAGACAAGGAGGAAGAAGAUAAGAUCACAAGACCGACGGCCGAGCAAGUGCGUACAGCUAUCAACGUCCUCGAAGACUUGAGUAUUUUUUCACAUUUUGGAGAAGAAAUGAUAGCUUCCCUAAGGGACUUGAAUCGUAAUAUCGCCAAAGAUUUUGUAAUGAGUUGUAAGCAAACAGUUAUCACCGACUUCUUUUCUAAAUAAACAUUAAAAAAUUCAUUAUUUCAUGUAUUGUUUUGACUUUCAUUAACCUAAUAGCCCCCUUAAAGUUAGACUUAAGAUUAAAUAUAACGUUUUUAUCCAGCUGGUUCACGUAAAGGGAGGAUAUUGCGCUAAAAGUUGAAAACCUCUACAACUCGAAUGUCUCCAUAACUCGAACGAUUUCCUUUUCCCCGUGGCUGUUCGAGUUAUGGAGACUCUACUGUAUCUCUAUGUUUUGAUUUUAUUUUCAUGCAAUUCGUGUAUACACUCGUAUAAAAACAUUCGAAUUCGUGCUAGAACAUUCGAAUUUGUAAUUAAAUGAUUCAAAAAUACUGAAAAAUGUUGCCAGAAAUGUUGAUUGCUAUAGCAAUUCGUAGCAACAUACAAAACUCAUCAACAAUGUUGAUCAACAUUCAUAAAAAAGUUAAUAAAUUUUGAUCAACAGUUUUUUUUCUUCAUCAAUAUGUUGAUACUCAUAGCAAAUCGACUCAAUAUGUUCAUCAACAAAUGUUGACGGGUAAUGUUGCUCAAAAAGUUGCCUCGAUUUGCCCCGCCCUUAAUUGGAAUCUAAAAUGUAAAAAAAACUGUUGUUGUCGAGCGAGUAUAUAAAGUUAAUGUUGUUGUCAACAAUAUUUUUUAAAAAGAAGAAAAACGUACGAUGGUUCGAACUAGAAUAAAGAAAGCUUAGUAUAAAAAUAAAGCAUGCUUUGACUAAAACAAGUUGCCGUUAACAUCAAAGGGAGAGUUGCAAACAAAAUUUAAAACACACGUUCAUGUUGUUGUUUUUCUCCCAUACGAAUGAACUCAUUCUCAUCCCCAGAGCUCUUUGAGAUUAAAACCUGGAAGGUAGCUCUGACCUGUCUGGUUGCGUGAUGAAAACAUGCCACUAUAUGUGGCAUAUUUUUGUGACAGUUUGUUUUUUAGCCGUUUUAAAUUUGACUUAUCGCUUGUCGGGACCUAAUUGGGUACGUGAUUAGGCACAACUUGAGAAGCGGAUCUGACAGUACAGUGGGAAGAGCCUGAAAAGAAAUUCUAUUGCAAGUCCAAAACACUUAUUUAAAUUUUUAAAAAACUCUUUAAUGUUUAAUCUACAUGUAAAACUGAAACUUAGUUAAGUCUCUGUUUUGUAGCUUAGCUGGUAGUUUUAGCUAUAGCUAUAUAGCUAGCAAUAAGUGAGAAUCGCACUGCACAUACAAAUUUAGCACACUGGUUAGCUAACUAUUUAUCCAGUAUAUUGCCGUUUAACCAGAUUGGCUUCUACUACUGCAAGACUCAAAGAAAGGUGCCAUCUAUCUAUCUCUAGCUAUAUAGAAAUAGCUAGUUUUUUUUCUGUGAAAACUGUUUUGUUACACCAGCCUAGAGCUUUAUUAUAUAAGAUGGAUUGACCCAUUUGUAAUUAAGUUAACCAGCUGGCAUAAAAUAGACCACUACUAAUUUUUUUUUUGACAUUAUAUAAAGCAGGCCAACUCUCCUAAAGCCAGUUGGCUCCAACUCAGGAUGAGUUCAAUCGGUUAGUUGACUGGAUUCAUAUAAUAUCACUUAGCAAGCCAGUGUCAGGUUGAAAAAGCAAAAACAUGCAUAUUGCAAGCUAAAACAAAAAGAAACAACCAUGUUAUGUUUUACAUUUCUUAUCAGUUUUAUUUUGCCAAAAAGUAAGAGUAUUUUCUGUAUUAAGGGAUUUUAAUUAAAUCAAAGACAAAAACCUUAGAUUUGAAUUAGGAAACCAUUGGUAGCUGAAUCAAACACUCAUUGACAAUUCUAUGUGUAUUUUGCUGGUUUGUUUACACCUAUAUUUUUAAAAACAGAACACUAUAUAUAGAUCAUUUCCUGGGUUGACUUUUCGAAUAAAAAAUGAUUUUUGAACCAGGUUGAUCUGCCAACUGAGCAAUAUGAACUGCAUCGUAUAAUCAGAUUUGUGAUACACAAUGGACUUGUUAGCACAGAAAAGAUAUAUUUAAUAAUCGAUGGGCAAAAUUUUUUCUUAUUUCUUGGAAUCAAACGCAAUUUUUGUGUUGCACACUUUUGUAAUUAAUAUGCCAUAAAAAUGAUAAAGUUUGCAAUCAAAAGGCAUUUUGAUAAAAAUUUACUGUUUGAAUAAUGAUGAUAGAAAAAUGUUUUAUUUUAUUUAUAUAAUUUUUCAGUAAUAGAAUGUUUAUAUCACACAAAAAUUUUUAUCUUGUUUUGUAGAAUUUAUUUCCGCAAAUUUUCUUCUCGCUCCUGCCAUUUUUUACCUCUCUAGCUAAUAUUUUCAGCAUAUGCAAUCCUAUAUUUAGAUUAUACGAUAUAAUAGCUUAAGAUUUGUAUUUUAUUUUUACGGAAAACUGUAAAUUCUUCAACGGCAAAAAAAAAAGAAAAAAAAAAGAUCAAAACAAAAAAAAAAACAUUAUCCGAAAAUGUGUUUUUAUUUACG